AUGGUGGGUGCGUUUUGGGGGACGCGAGUGCUGGAGAUAGUGAAGAAGCACGACUCUGGAGGUCUAGUGUGGAAGAGAAUAAAGCUGACCACCACCCGUAAAGCCAACGCCAAGAAGCGCCUCCUCCGUGUUUGGCAGAAUGAGGCUGUUCUGAGGGCAUGUGCGGAAACACCUACUUCACAAUCAUCAGGAGCUGCUGCCAGUGGAGUCUCUGAGAAAGAUAGCACAAGUAGCCAAUAA